UCUUUGUAUUUUUGUGAAAGUUUGCAUCUUUAUGCCAGAAUUGUAAUGAAUUUUGGAUGGGAGCUAUUAUCUGUUCUUGGGGAUUUUAUUCUUUUUGAAGAACCAAAAUGGGUGUUUUUUGAAGUGUAAUUUUACUAAUUGUAAUGUUUUGGUACUGGGUUUUUGUUGUUUUAGUGAGAAAUUUGAAGAAUUUUGAGUCUGUGUUCAUAGGAAAUGGAGACACUAACCUCGUCCGCAGCGUUGGCUGUCCCACGCGAACCAGCCAACUACGAUGAGAUCGCGAUGCAGCAAAGCUUGCUAUUUUCCGACAGUCUCAAGGAUUUGAAGAAUUUGAGAAAACAGUUGUAUGCAGCUGCUGAGUAUUUUGAAUUAUCUUACACUAAUGAUGACCAAAAGCAACUAGUGGUAGAUACAUUAAAAGAUUAUGCCAUCAAAGCUCUAGUCAACACGGUUGACCAUUUGGGGGCAGUGUCCAGUAAAGUUAACGACUUGUUAGGUGAAAAGGUGAAUGAAGUAUCCCAAACCGAGCUCCGCGUAUCAUGUCUUCAACAGAGACUAGGUAUAUGCCAGGGGUGUUUCGAUCACGAAGGUCUUGCCCAGCAGUCUUCGUUAAUAAAUAUUCCUAAGUACCAUAAAAGAUACAUUUUGCCAGUCGGAGAGACGAUGCAAGGUGGUAUUAGAACUAAAUCAAAGUACCAAGGAUGCAGUUUGGAUGACGAAGAUGACUGGCGUGAAUUCAAGAAUGCUGUUCGGGCUACAAUCAAAGAAACGCCUCCAUCUUCCUUCAGAAAAGGGCGAUCCCUGUCUCCUUCUCCACGAGGUUCCCAGCAAGCUGGAUCGUUUGCCUUCACAGGCGCAGUGACCAGAAAAGAUUUAGAGAAGAGAUCGGUUUCACCACGGAGAUUUUCUCUAUUGCGUAUUGGAUCUCUGUCUAGUAGACCAACCACCCCCAAUUCAAGAGCAAAUUCAAGGCCCACAACGCCAAAUUCUCGUAGGCCAACAACGCCAAACUCAAUUGUCCAACAAAGGUUUUCAGAGUCUCCAAAAUCAGCUUCAAUGCGUGUUCAUAGUGAUAGAGACAGAUAUAAAGAAAGCGAUCAAAAUCAGAUACCAAGCAAAAGUAAACGUCUACUCAAGGCAUUGCUUAGCAGACGCAAGUCGAAGAAAGAUGACACGCUAUACACUUAUUUGGAUGAAUACUGAAUCUUAUUUAUCCCCACAUGAAGGUCCAUCGGGACCCUUUUCAUCAUCAAAAGCUAAGCCACACCCGGUCCGAAUGCAUGAAAUUACCCAUGGACCGGAUCAAGGGUAACGGCAUUUAGUGGUGUAAUCAAGUCGGUUUUGUAGAUGAUUUUGUUAUGGUUGUUCAAGCCACAUGUUAAGUUUUAUUGGUUUGUAAAGCAUAUGCAAUGCAUUUGUUAUAUUUAUCUUGUAACCUGUGUA